ACAAAAGACAUGGGAUAAAUAUGACGAAGCAAAAAAGGGGCACAACUUAUGGAAAUGUAAUUUGGUGAGAGGUGGUCCAAAAAAUAUAAAAAUCCGAUCAGUUGAGUUGAGUUGAAUUUUGGCCAUUCCAACAAGGGGUCGGUGUUCCCGAGAAAAAGCACCCUCCCAAUUCAAUUCAAAACAAACACACACACUUGAAUUCGCAAAUCAGAGAAGAAUUUAGAGUGAUGGUGUCGUACAUGAACGUGUUGUUGUACGGAGUGGGAGGGUUAGUGGUGGCCGGAAUGGCGCUGCUAGUGGCGUUUCAGGAGAAGCUUGUCUACGUGCCGGUGCUGCCUGGCCUCUCCAAGGCUUACGCCAUCACUCCCUCGCGACUCAGGCUCACCUACGAGGACAUCUGGCUCACCUCCUCCGACGGCGUUCGCCUCCACGCCUGGUUCAUCAAGCUCUUCCCUAACUGCCGAGGGCCUACCAUUUUAUUUUUUCAAGAAAAUGCUGGAAAUAUUGCUCAUCGUCUUGAAAUGGUUCGCAUAAUGUUACAGCAGUUACAAUGCAAUGUUUUCAUGCUUUCCUACCGAGGCUAUGGAGCAAGUGAUGGCUAUCCUUCUCAGCAUGGAAUUACUAAGGAUGCUCAGGCUGCACUGGAUCAUCUUUGUCAAAGGUCUGACAUUGAUACAUCUAGAAUAGUUGUAUUUGGAAGAUCACUUGGGGGUGCAGUUGGAGCUGUACUAACAAAGAGUAACCCUGACAAGGUUGCUGCACUGAUACUGGAAAAUACUUUCACAUCUAUUUUGGAUAUGGCUGGAGUUUUAUUACCUUUUCUGAAAUGGUUUAUUGGCGGCAGUAGUUCAAAAGGCAAGAUACUCAAUUUUCUUGUACGUUCUCCAUGGAGCACUAUUGAUGUUGUUGGUCAGAUCAAGCAGCCCAUUCUUUUUCUCUCCGGAUUGCAAGAUGAGAUGGUCCCCCCAUCACAUAUGCAGAUGCUUUAUGCAAAGGCAGCUACUCGUAAUAAUCGAUGUCUUUUUGUGGAAUUUCCUACCGGAAUGCAUAUGGAUACUUGGCUUGCUGGUGGUGAUCAAUAUUGGAGAACAAUUCAGCAGUUUCUAGAACAGCAUGCCCCGGUGAAAAAGGAAGUUGAAUCGUCCCAAAAUGAAAAUGAUAUUGGGCCGAGGUGAUUGGCUGGCAUUAGAUUAUUUCCAUGAUACUAAUUGGCUAACUAAGGAUUCAAACAGUUUAUGCCCUUUGAAGUUGCAGCCCUUAAGAGCUCUCUGUGAGAAGAUGAUUCUAGACAUGCUGAACCGUGUCGGACUAUUUCAUUGGAUAUUUUGGGUUGCUUGUGCUUUACUGAAUCUAGAAGAUGCCCAGACAGUUUGUGAUUCACUUUUGCUACACUGUUUGGCAUCUACAAUCUGGAUGCUGGAUCGAAUUUGACAAAUGACAUGUAGAAUAAGAAUUAUUUACCAGAGAUAAUUUAUACGUCUAGUUAAUUGUUGUAAUAUACUCAUAUAUAUUGUUCGUAUGAAUAGGUUCGUGGUUUUCAAUUUUCAUACUAACGCAAACUGAGAAAGUGUUACUGAUACCUGCGAGUUGAUACUGGAUUCUUUGAUGUUUUUAUUAAUUCUUUAUACAGAACAUUGAGUUUUGUUUGAUGA